AUGUUUCUGGACUACCUGUACCUGAGUUGUGGCCAGCGCCUCGCAAACGGACUCCGAAGCCGAGUGCCCCGCAAACGGACUCCGAAGCCGAGUGCCCCGCAAACGGACUCCCAAGCCGAGUGCCCCGCAAACGGACUCCCAAGCCGAGUGCCCCGCAAACGGACUCCCAAGCCGAGUGCCCCGCAAACGGACUCCCAAGCCGAGUGCCCCGCAAACGGACUCCCAAGCCGAGUGCCCAGCAAACGGACUCCCAAGCCGAGUGCCCAGCAAACGGACUCCCAAGCCGAGUGCCCAGCAAACGGACUCCCAAGCCGAGUGCCCCGCAAACGGACUCCCAAGCCGAGUGCCCCGCAAACGGACCCCCAAGCCGAGUGCCCCGCAAACGGACUCCCAAGCCGAGUGCCCAGCAAACGGACUCCCAAGCCGAGUGCCCAGCAAACGGACUCCCAAGCCGAGUGCCCAGCAAACGGACUCCCAAGCCGAGUGCCCAGCAAACGGACUCCCAAGCCGAGUGCCCAGCAAACGGACUCCCAAGCCGAGUGCCCCGCAAACGGACUCCCAAGCCGAGUGCCCCGCAAACGGACUCCCAAGCCGAGUGCCCCGCAAACGGACUCCCAAGCCGAGUGCCCCGCAAACGGACUCCCAAGCCGAGUGCCCCGCAAACGGACUCCCAAGCCGAGUGCCCCGCAAACGGACUCCCAAGCCGAGUGCCCCGCAAACGGACUGCCAAGCCGAGUGCCCCGCAAACGGACUGCCAAGCCGAGUACCCUGUAA